UUGGCGGGGAAACCCUAUUUUUUUCCUCAUAUCUAAACUGUCAAACCAAGGUUCUCUUCACAUUUCCGGCGGGAAAAUUAAGACAUCCAACAAAAACAGAGAAAAAAAAAAUGGCGGAAGAAGAAGAAACGCCGUUGACGGAGGAGCAGUUAAACGAAGAGUUUCAAGUAUGGAAGAAGAACACUCCAAUUCUCUACGACGUCGUUCUUUGUCAUCCUCUAGAAUGGCCAUCUCUCACUGUUCAAUGUGUUCCAUCAUCACCCCAUAUCAAUCCAGAUUCAUCUCUAGCCGUCCAUCAACUUAUUCUUGGGACCCACACUUCUGAUGACUCCCCUAACUUCCUCAUGGUCGCCGAUUCUCACCUUCCCUCCAACAAUGGCACAUCUUCUUCUGUUCCCAAGGUGGAGAUAGUGAAGAAGUUUCAUGUAGAUGGGGAGGUUAACCGAGCCAGAUGUAUGCCGCAAAAGCCGAAUCUUGUCGCGACGAAGACGAGUGGUUUGGAGGUGUAUGUUUUUGAUGUUUCGAAGGAACCGAGCUUGGAGUGUGAUCCUGAUUUGAUAUUGAGAGGUCAUGAGAAGGAAGGGUAUGGGCUUUCAUGGAAUCCAUUGAAAGAGGGUUGUUUGUUGAGUGGUUCAUAUGAUUGUAACAUUUGUUUGUGGGAUGUGUCCUACAUGCCUGAAAGUAAAGUUCUUGAUUCCAUGAGUGUUUUCAAGGCUCAUGAGAGUAUAGUUGAACAUGUAGCUUGGCAUGCAAAGAAUGAAAACUUGUUUGGCUCAGUGGGGGAUGAUGGAAGGUUGAUGAUUUGGGAUUUGCGGUCCGAUGAUAAGCCGCAACAUUCUGUCAUAGCUCAUGAAAAGGAGGUGAAUUAUCUAUCUUUCAACUCAUUUAACGAAUGGAUUGUGGCGACAGCUUCAUCAGAUACCACCAUUGGACUGUUUGAUAUGCGGAAGCUGGCCGCACCUGUGCAUUUCUUGUCUAGUCACACGGAAGAAGUUUUCCAGGUUGAAUGGGAUCCGAAUCAUGAGACUGUGUUGGCAUCAUCUUCUGAUGACAGAAGGUUGAUGGUUUGGGACCUUAACAAAGUUGGUGAUGAGCAGUUGGAGGGAGAAGCACAAGACGGGCCGCCAGAACUCCUUUUCUCUCAUGGAGGACAUAAGGCUAAGAUAUCGGAUUUCUCGUGGAACAAGAAUGAACCUUGGAUGAUAUCGAGUGUGGCAGAUGACAACACAUUACAGAUUUGGCAAAUGGCUAAGAGUAUAUACCGUGAUGAGGAUGAUAUGCCAGCUGAAUGAGCUUUGUCCUUGAACUUUUUGUAAUAGCUUGUCCUUAAUGAGUUGCUACUUCUUAGAGUUAGGGUUUUAAACUAUUAAUACAAGUAUGAGAAUGGUUUCUAAUCUCUUGUGUCAUAAUGAUGAUGAAAGUUGUCAACCUUAGAAAUCUCAAUAUGACUAUGGUGACAACUCGUUGUUGUACAUCUCAAUGUAGUUUGCAUGACAGACUCAUUGGGAAGAAUCUCAAUAUGAUUUGAAGAUCAAAUUCCUUGGAA